AUGAUGAUGAUGAUGAUGAUGAUGAUGAUGAUGAUGAUGAUGAUGAUGAUGAUGAUGAUGAUGAUGAUGAUGAUGAUGAUGAUGAUGAUGAUGAUGAUGAUGAUGAUGAUGAUGAUGAUGAUGAUGAUGAUGAUGAUGAUGAUGAUGAUGAUGAUGAUGAUGAUGAUGAUGAUGAUGAUGAUGAUGAUGAUGAUGAUGAUGAUGAUGAUGAUGAUGAUGAUGAUGAUGAUGAUGAUGAUGAUGAUGAUGAUGAUGAUGAUGAUGAUGAUGAUGAUGAUGAUGAUGAUGAUGAUGAUGAUGAUGAUGAUGAUGAUGAUGAUGAUGAUGAUGAUGAUGAUGAUGAUGAUGAUGAUGAUGAUGAUGAUGAUGAUGAUGAUGAUGAUGAUGAUGAUGAUGAUGAUGAUGAUGAUGAUGAUGAUGAUGAUGAUGAUGAUGAUGAUGAUGAUGAUGAUGAUGAUGAUGAUGAUGAUGAUGAUGAUGAUGAUGAUGAUGAUGAUGAUGAUGAUGAUGAUGAUGAUGAUGAUGAUGAUGAUGAUGAUGAUGAUGAUGAUGAUGAUGAUGAUGAUGAUGAUGAUGAUGAUGAUGAUGAUGAUGAUGAUGAUGAUGAUGAUGAUGAUGAUGAUGAUGAUGAUGAUGAUGAUGAUGAUGAUGAUGAUGAUGAUGAUGAUGAUGAUGAUGAUGAUGAUGAUGAUGAUGAUGAUGAUGAUGAUGAUGAUGAUGAUGAUGAUGAUGAUGAUGAUGAUGAUGAUGAUGAUGAUGAUGAUGAUGAUGAUGAUGAUGAUGAUGAUGAUGAUGAUGAUGAUGAUGAUGAUGAUGAUGAUGAUGAUGAUGAUGAUGAUGAUGAUGAUGAUGAUGAUGAUGAUGAUGAUGAUGAUGAUGAUGAUGAUGAUGAUGAUGAUGAUGAUGAUGAUGAUGAUGAUGAUGAUGAUGAUGAUGAUGAUGAUGAUGAUGAUGAUGAUGAUGAUGAUGAUGAUGAUGAUGAUGAUGAUGAUGAUGAUGAUGAUGAUGAUGAUGAUGAUGAUGAUGAUGAUGAUGAUGAUGAUGAUGAUGAUGAUGAUGAUGAUGAUGAUGAUGAUGAUGAUGAUGAUGAUGAUGAUGAUGAUGAUGAUGAUGAUGAUGAUGAUGAUGAUGAUGAUGAUGAUGAUGAUGAUGAUGAUGAUGAUGAUGAUGAUGAUGAUGAUGAUGAUGAUGAUGAUGAUGAUGAUGAUGAUGAUGAUGAUGAUGAUGAUGAUGAUGAUGAUGAUGAUGAUGAUGAUGAUGAUGAUGAUGAUGAUGAUGAUGAUGAUGAUGAUGAUGAUGAUGAUGAUGAUGAUGAUGAUGAUGAUGAUGAUGAUGAUGAUGAUGAUGAUGAUGAUGAUGAUGAUGAUGAUGAUGAUGAUGAUGAUGAUGAUGAUGAUGAUGAUGAUGAUGAUGAUGAUGAUGAUGAUGAUGAUGAUGAUGAUGAUGAUGAUGAUGAUGAUGAUGAUGAUGAUGAUGAUGAUGAUGAUGAUGAUGAUGAUGAUGAUGAUGAUGAUGAUGAUGAUGAUGAUGAUGAUGAUGAUGAUGAUGAUGAUGAUGAUGAUGAUGAUGAUGAUGAUGAUGAUGAUGAUGAUGAUGAUGAUGAUGAUGAUGAUGAUGAUGAUGAUGAUGAUGAUGAUGAUGAUGAUGAUGAUGAUGAUGAUGAUGAUGAUGAUGAUGAUGAUGAUGAUGAUGAUGAUGAUGAUGAUGAUGAUGAUGAUGAUGAUGAUGAUGAUGAUGAUGAUGAUGAUGAUGAUGAUGAUGAUGAUGAUGAUGAUGAUGAUGAUGAUGAUGAUGAUGAUGAUGAUGAUGAUGAUGAUGAUGAUGAUGAUGAUGAUGAUGAUGAUGAUGAUGAUGAUGAUGAUGAUGAUGAUGAUGAUGAUGAUGAUGAUGAUGAUGAUGAUGAUGAUGAUGAUGAUGAUGAUGAUGAUGAUGAUGAUGAUGAUGAUGAUGAUGAUGAUGAUGAUGAUGAUGAUGAUGAUGAUGAUGAUGAUGAUGAUGAUGAUGAUGAUGAUGAUGAUGAUGAUGAUGAUGAUGAUGAUGAUGAUGAUGAUGAUGAUGAUGAUGAUGAUGAUGAUGAUGAUGAUGAUGAUGAUGAUGAUGAUGAUGAUGAUGAUGAUGAUGAUGAUGAUGAUGAUGAUGAUGAUGAUGAUGAUGAUGAUGAUGAUGAUGAUGAUGAUGAUGAUGAUGAUGAUGAUGAUGAUGAUGAUGAUGAUGAUGAUGAUGAUGAUGAUGAUGAUGAUGAUGAUGAUGAUGAUGAUGAUGAUGAUGAUGAUGAUGAUGAUGAUGAUGAUGAUGAUGAUGAUGAUGAUGAUGAUGAUGAUGAUGAUGAUGAUGAUGAUGAUGAUGAUGAUGAUGAUGAUGAUGAUGAUGAUGAUGAUGAUGAUGAUGAUGAUGAUGAUGAUGAUGAUGAUGAUGAUGAUGAUGAUGAUGAUGAUGAUGAUGAUGAUGAUGAUGAUGAUGAUGAUGAUGAUGAUGAUGAUGAUGAUGAUGAUGAUGAUGAUGAUGAUGAUGAUGAUGAUGAUGAUGAUGAUGAUGAUGAUGAUGAUGAUGAUGAUGAUGAUGAUGAUGAUGAUGAUGAUGAUGAUGAUGAUGAUGAUGAUGAUGAUGAUGAUGAUGAUGAUGAUGAUGAUGAUGAUGAUGAUGAUGAUGAUGAUGAUGAUGAUGAUGAUGAUGAUGAUGAUGAUGAUGAUGAUGAUGAUGAUGAUGAUGAUGAUGAUGAUGAUGAUGAUGAUGAUGAUGAUGAUGAUGAUGAUGAUGAUGAUGAUGAUGAUGAUGAUGAUGAUGAUGAUGAUGAUGAUGAUGAUGAUGAUGAUGAUGAUGAUGAUGAUGAUGAUGAUGAUGAUGAUGAUGAUGAUGUAA